AAGAGGAAGAGGGCGGAGGGAGCAGAGCAGCCCCCCCUCCCCAGCCCCCGAGCAAUAUCAGAGUAAUCCCCCCCAUGCAAUACAGGCGAUAUUGCACAGCCUCCCCACCCCACGCGCCCACCGACAGGCACCUGCAGGUGAGCAGCAAACAUGACCCUGGCAACACGCGACCAUGAGUGCCAGAACCCUGUGAUCUGAACCGCGUCUUCAGCCAAGUUCCUCACGGCGAGGCUCUGUUGAUCCUGUACCAUGGAGGACUGCCUUCACACCUCCUCGGAAAACCUCUCCAAGCUGGUGAGCUGGGCCCACAGCCACGGGACCAUCUGCAGCCUCAUCCCCAACCUCAAGCAUCUGCUCUCCGAGGGGGCCCAUGGCAACCUGACCGCCAUGUGGGGCUGCAGUGCGGGCCAUGCCUACCACUGGCCCCUGGCUGCCACGUGCCGGGCUGGCUCCCAGGAGCGUGUCUGCUUCCAGGACAGCCGCAGCUUCAACUCCGACAGCCCCAGCAUGCUGGGGGUGCCCUCAGAGGCGCAGGCCAGCCCCCUGCAGCGCUACCCAGGCCAGCCGGGGAAGGCCAAGCUGGACUGCACCCGCACCCGCGACUCCUGCGACUUCUCCUACUGCAGCGAGCCCUCAGAGCUGGGCGAGCCCGUGGAGGAGUACGAGGAUGAGGCCACCCUGUUUGACAUGGUCUGCGAGUCUUCUGUCACCGACGAGGACAGCGACUUCGAGCCGCACACCCACCGGGCCCCUGCCGGCCCUCGCAAGCGGCCGGCCGCCAGCCUGCCCACCGCCGCCCAGGCACAGCCUGCUGAUGAGGGCGGUGGCGAGGUGCUCCUCAAGAAGAUCAAGCAGGAGCUCCCCGAGGACUACUACAUAGUGGCCAACGCCGAGCUGACCGCCGGUGCCGACGGGCCGGCCCUUGCCCUGACGCAGAUGUCCAAGCCCAAGCCGCAGGCCCAGGCCGGGCCCUCCUGCCUGGGCACCACCCGGGCGCUGCCUCAGCCAGCUGCUGGCCCCGACCCUGAGCCCCAGCGCCUCUCCUCCUCGCCCCCUGGCCUGCCCCGGCUGGCCACGCAGAGGCUGCCCCGCGGGCCCCUGGCCUCCCCAGCACGGGGGGCAGGUGGCGGACCCGUGGCUGCCCUACAGGUGCCAGCCACCAGCUCCAACGCCACCACCACCGCCGGGAAACCCAUCAGCAUCCCCCUGUCAGCCCUGCAGCUGCCCGGGCAAGAGGAGCUGCCAGCCACCGAGGAGAGCGUCCCGCCCGCCCCGCCGCUGGCCCUGGGCGGCGAGGCAGCCAGCUCGCCCGCGGUGAGCGCCGAGCCGGAGGUCAGCUCCAGCCAGCAGCAGCCCCACGCCGUCCCCACCACCAACCCUGAGGCAGCAGCACAGUCUAUGCCAGACCAGGAUGAGAGAGCGGCAGAGCUCAGCAGGGAGCAGAACGAGAAGACCAUUCGCAGCACACAGACGGCGCUCCGCAAUUUCCGAGAGUUCCUCAUCUCCAAGUACCCCUCUGAGACCCGGGAGAUCUACGUCAUCCCUUGCAAAGAGCUUGAUGCCUACCUUGCUUCCUUCUUUGUGGAUGCCAGACAAAAAGAUGGGUCUGAAUACGAGCCAAACAGUCUGGCCAAUUAUCAGUGUGGUCUGGAGCGGUAUCUCAAAGAGCACAGGUAUGGAUACAGUAUUACAAGGGAUAAAGAAUUCAAGAGGUCCCAGGAAGCUCUAAAGCAAAAGCAGAUAGAGCUGAGGUGUAAAGGGAAAGGAAACAAGCCCCACAAAUCCAUGAAGCUCACCUUUGCCGAUGAGCUAAUCCUGCGCAAAAGAGGCUUGUUGAGCCGGUACAACCCCGAAGGGCUGCUGAACCUCGUCUGGUUAAACAACACGAAAGCGUUUGGGCACUGCACAGGUUUCCACGGGUCCACCCUCAAGUGGGGAGACAUCCGCCUGCGGGUGACAGAGACCGGGUUGGAGUACCUGGAGUGGAUGGGUCCAGACAACGGAGAUGUCAAUGCCAAGAGCAAGAGGGGUGGGACGGACUCCCGGGUGUACGCCACCCAGCACUCCCCACAGACCUGCCCCGUGCAAGACUACAAGGAGUAUGCGCAGAGGCGGCCUCCGGCCAUGCGCUACGAGGACGCGCCUUUCUACCUGUCCAUCAAACCCGUCGUCAACUUGGCUGCGCUUCACUGGUACAACUGCCAAGCCCUGGGGAAGAACAAGCUUGCCAAGAUGGUAAAGACAAUGUGCGAGAAAGGCAACAUCCCUGGCAGGAAGACCAACUUCAGCGUCUACCAGAGCUGUAGCACGCUCUCAGAAGCGCAGAGCAACCAGCUGGUGCUGAUCUGCAAUAACUUGAGCCAGCAGGCUGCCCAGUCCAUGGCGAGCCACUCCAAUACUGGCAACUUCAUAGUGUCAGCAUCCUAUGACUCUUCCUCUGACACAGCUUGAAAGAGGGAUGUCACCUGAACACUUUUUUUUUUCUUUUUCUUUUUGUUUCAAGCAUUGAAUUUGUGCCCAAUAAUACACAUCAACUGUGAUUGUACACUAUUCCCCCAUAGCCCUCUCUCCAGUAUUAAUUCACUUUAUAAAAAUAUAUAAAUAUAUAAUAUAUUUUUCUUUUUACAAAUAAGUCAAUAGAAAUAGUUUAGUAUUACUAACAUAGUAUUUAUAGUGUUAAUACAAAAAUGAGAGGUACUUAUGGGUUAUAAUAUAAAUGCAGAUUUUAAAAGGACAAAAAUGGUUCUCAGGCAACACAAGAUAGACUGGAAAUACCAUUUUUAACAUGCACACAUCAGUGACUGUAAACCCCCAGGGAGGCUUACGUAGCAAUUCUAUUUUAAAGCAUAUUUCAAUUUCUUAUUUUACUAUGACCUCCCAGAGUGGAGGAGACAAACUUAUCACUGGCUGCUGCUUCUUACUUGCUGGCCUAUUCUCGAUCAGCAAGACCUAGAAAUAAGAGAUACAUCAAUGUAAGUUCAUAAAACCAUUUACAACAGUUUUUGUCUGGGAUUUUUUUGGUUUGUUUGUUUCCCGAGGCUCAUUUGUGCCAGAUAGGAAAAAAAAUUCCUGUAGUCAGCUAAAGGCUAUUUUUAACUUGUGUUUUUUUUGAUGAUUUUCUGUGAUCAAAAUGUUGCUGGUCUUUAGACUAAAAAGUAUUGUUUUCAACAAUAUGCAAGAGUAUAAUGGCAAAACCACUGUCAUAUACAUAAUUUUAACUGUUUAAGCACAGGUUGUUAGUAUUUUGUCACUUUGUAUACUUAAUGUAAAAUCUACUGACUUAGACCCACUCUUUCAGUAUUCUGCGGAAUGCAACAGUGCAGAAAAAUCCACAAUAAUAUCCCAAACUAUACAGAAAAAAUGUAUCAAAUAUGUCUUAAGCCAUCAUUUGAAAUUCACAAAAAGGAUAUCAUGGAGAUAGUAAUGAUAAUUUUGUAUUUACUACAGAAAAUGGAGAAGCUGUGUAGUUUUAAGUGCUGGAAAACAAAGUCAGCUACACAUAAUCUAUUUCCAUUGCAGACAAUGGACAACGUGCAUGAGAGUCUGAAGGCAGAAUUUGGUCCUUAAAGCCUUAAAAUAAUGAGUGCUACUGUUCCAGCAUUUGACUUUGUAGUGUAAUUAUUAUUCUCCUCUAAGUACACGGAAAACACUAACAAAUUCAGUAUUUCAUUGAACGAUUAUAGUUCUUGACCUUUAAAAUGAUGUAGAGUACUUCUCAAGUAAUUCAGCUUAGUUUAUGUUCCACUAGGACCUCUUAGGGCUGUGAUGAGGCUUUAGACAAGUCCACUGGGGUGAUCUAGUGCCCGUUGAAGUCAAUGAAGGAGUCAACCUCAACUGACUUCCCAUGGGUGUUGGAUCAAACUGUUACUGAGGGCAUUUUUUGUUUGGUUGGUUGGUUUUGUGGUGGUUGUGUUUCUUUAUGCUUGUUUGUCUUUAUUCCUCGGCAUUCCUGCACAUCCUUCAUAUUCUUUAGAUCUGCAACUGUGCAGUGACUUUAAUCACCACUAAUUGCAAAUAAAGGGUAAAAAAAAGGUAGCACACAGAAGUAAAAAACAACCCAACUGGUGGCAUUUAAAACCUGUUUUCUGUGUUGCUAGGACGAAAUGUUCCUGUGUGCGAGGGAGGUGACAGAAUGCCCGCACCUCACUCAAGCCUUAUUGAAGGUCUCUGUAGGGGAUGUGGUAGGUAGGAGAUGUGCCACUGGAAGGUCUGAGAGCAGAGAUUUUACACUAUAACAAACAUCUGUCCUUCCAUGAAGCUUUGUGCAGGUGACAGCACCUGGUUCUGAUCUCUUUGGGGUCUGCACGUGGCAAGGCUGGUACAAAGCCUGGCUCUCCUGUGUGCCGGCUGUCCCGGGGUCCUGUGUGCUGUGGCAGUGUAACCACACCAAAUCUGCCACCUCCAGGUUGCUGCCUGCUGCGUCUUGGGGCUGUAGGGUUGGCGGUGGAGCAGUGGGCACAGAUGGCAGAGUUGAUACUUCUGUGACUUGGUUUUGGGGCUUGAAACAAAAUUGUGGCCACUGUGGAAGUGAGUACAAGCUGUGCCUGUGACUUUCAGCGCCACGGCAAAUCUGACUUGUAGGUGAAGGUGAGGGAAGCGUGUAAAGUCUUGGGGUAGAGCCAGCAAGACAGCUGUCCAGCUUCCAGAUAAGACCAGCCAUCUGAUUGCUGGUAGCACAGCAGUGCUUUUAGUGAUGCAGUUAAAAAUAGUUUUGCAAAGCCAGUGCUGGUUUCUGUGGGAUUUCUCUGCUGUUUCCCACUGAGGACUCAAGCAGCUGCUCUUAGUAAUUGCUAGGGAGUAGGGGGGUCCCAUGCCAAGGAGUUCCCUAGGGGUGCCAGCUGAGAGCUCAGCCAUGGAGACAAUCUCCAAAAAUGUCCACGAUCUCUGUUCCUCCCCAUUGGCACUGAUCUCAGCACUUCCAGUGGCAGCAAUUGCAGGAUCUGACCUGCCUCCCCACUUUGCCUUUUCCCAUGCUGCAACACCAGGCUGGCUAUGAGCUGGCCUUUGUGGGGCAGCAGAUCUCUUCCCACCUCUCCUCCUCUGCCCAACUACCCCUCUUUGCUGGAAGAGCAGCCUUGACCUUGUAGGGGAAAGAAGCCACUCCGUGGGUGGCUGUCUUGUGUCUCUCCUCAAGCCUCGCAAGGCAGGAAACCAGACCUUUUAACCAAAUUGCUAUUAUCAGGCUCAGAGCUUGGCAAUGGUUCACAUCUUCUGUGGGUAUGCCUUAGGCGUGUUGCUUCAGAGCGGGCCAUUUUGUGUGGGUUAUUUAGUGUCUAAUUUCACAAUUAUUCUUGUCUCCGAGGAGGCAUAUCACUGUCUGCGGAUGUGCUGUGCUGUAAGCAGGUCUCUGAAGUUCUGCUUCGCAUCAGUGCUGUAGUGCAGCCCCAACACAGACCUGGGCUCUGUCAUCAGGAGCAAAAAAUGCUUAGACUGACCCAGAAGAAGGGCUGGCACUCUGGGGUUUUAUGCUGGGAAGUCAUAAAAAGAAUUUCCCAUGAUUUCUUGAUUCCACAUACUGUCUGAGCUGUUGUUUACAGCAGUAUUGGGAUGGUUUGUGCUCAUGUCCAGCCCGUGUGCUGGGUGAGGCAACAUCUGAUAGCCCUGGCUUAGCAGGACACAUCUGCAACUUUUGCUUGUCUGGUUGGGGGAUAAGCUGUGGAGUAUGUGUGCUUACUGUGACAGCCUCACUAUUACAGGGGUGGUUUUGUUCUGCUUUGUGAUAUCUCUAGUAACUCCAGCUUCCAGUUGGUGCUGAUGGCAGAUUGCCUGGUAAAUUCUGACAGGGCAGCCCCAAAUAGACUACUAUGUUGAAUCAGUUAAACACAUAUGGCAAAAAUAUGAUACCCAAUUAGUGUCAUACUCCAGAAAUAAAUUUAUUGGUCAUGAAGGGCAUUUAGCACAACAUAUUACUCACUCUUCAUGUGUGGACAGUUGCAAGGAAUUCAGUGACCACAGCUUAAUGAAUUACCAUUUGUAUUAAGGCCCUGGGAGGCUUGUGAACAAACUGGGAGGGACAUUUCUGAUUUAAACCACUCUCGUGGUUUUGUCUCUUGCUGGUGGGAGAGUAAAUGUCCCAGUGACUGUGGCUCAGCUGACAGGUGACAACUCAGUUGCUUGUAAUUAUCUCCCAAGUACUCCCAGACACUUUUGAGAGUGUCAGACCUGCUCCACCAGCGAGUUGCAAGCUCAUCGCAGUGCUAAGACACGCCAGUGUGGCCAGGGGCUAGUGCUGCUUAGUCAUACAAGCCUUCCUCUCUGCCUAAGCAAAGGAUUGGCAUCUCCUAGCACAGCUCUUCAUACUGAGUACCUUCUACCAUGAAGUCAAAAGGGCAGCGGGCAAAAGACGGUACUGCUCCCGUCCAGCAUAGCCUGUUAGCGUGUGGGGUGGCUCUGUGAGGCAGGGUGGGUGGCUGACGGUGCUCCUGACCGCAUCAUGCUCCCAUGGAAAAUCUGAGCUUUUGCUCCAUGGGACAGAAUUUGAUUUCUGUAAGGUGGGGGUAGCCAGCUCCAAAGUGGGGCUCACUUUUCUCCUUUUUCCCUUCCUUUUUUCCUCCCAUUCACUUUUCUUCGAUGGUCCAACGUGUUGGACCUCUUCAGUGAGUCAUUUCAACUCACUAACCCAGCAGAAAAUGCAGUAGAGAAAACGGGAAUUCAGAUAAUUUUCUGCCACAUUACCAGGUUGAAUCUGGUCACAAAUCGGAGUGCAGAGACAGUGUGGGAGGCAGAGGAAGGUUCUUACUUGCCAGUAUCACAGAGUCAUUAGCCUGGCUCCCCUACUGCAGCCUUGGAAAACCAUCACAAGGGUAAUGCAGACUAAGACCCUUCUGAAUCAUCCACAGACAUACCACUUGCCCUCAGAACCAUCUCCCAGCUUUUGGGAGAUCUCAGUGCUACCAAGAGCAAAUUUUGGCCUUGAACUUAAGAAGAAGGCAGAGUGCCAAUGCACAGGCCUGCACACAGUGUGAAGGAGUCUCCUCCAAUGUUAGCACAGGCUUUGCCACGUGGCCUUCUCAUGACACCAAACCAAGAGUCAGACAUGGGGAUUAUUCAGGGAGGUCACUGGGCUGAUCUGGAUGCGGCUGUGCAUGAUGCGCACACUUGGAUCUGUUUGUGUGAUUGCACAUUUCGCUGGGCAGAGCUGUGGGCACUUGGAUGGCUUGAGUUCUGUUUUAUCAGUCACUCAUGCAUGUAUUUAUGAUAUUGUGGGUUUGCACAAUGUACAUGUAUUCAUGCAGGUAGUUGGAACUGAAGUCUUUAAUAUAUGGGUGUUGCAAACUGCCUGUUUAAUUUUCAAAUAUGUAUUUAUGCAACAAAAUGUGAUUUUAAGUGCAGGAGAAUAAAAUGCUGUUGUGAACUACAUUGUAGACUAAAUUACAAAGGAUGUCUAAAACAAUAGCACGUAGCUUGUUUAUUUGCAUAGUGCAAUAAUUCUAUGAUAGUGGCAUCCAGGCUAUUGACAUAUGGGACAAUCUAAUAAUGUAAACAGCAUCCCUGCUGCACAUUCUCCUUCAUGAAGAAUAUCAACGCUUUUAAGCUAAUUUGUGUUUUUGUUUUUGGAAGCUGCUGUGCACCCAUAUUCCAUCUACUACGUAGCUUCCCUCUCAGAAAGCUGUGUAGAGAAUAAGAUGCAAACAUGUUGUGCUGCUGUGUGUGCUUGUUUCAGAUGUUUGUGACCAGAUCUUGUUUUGCUGUUUGCGCAAGUGAUGUGGGGUGGGAAAAUGGGGAUCAGGAAGAGCAGGUGUUUUGUCAUUCUAGAACCUGGGCUGUCCUAAGGACCAAAAACAGCCUUAAAGGAAACUGAUAUUCGUGUUGCACUACAUUUCCUCCCUAUUUAGCUCAUUUUUACCCUUUCUUGUCACCGUGUCUGUGUACAUCCCAUAAGUGCAUUGACUGACCUGACUAGCACAUGUGGUGCAUGGGCUGAUCAUUCCUCCUGACGAUAAGCUGCAAGUGACUGUGACUGACCCUCUGGUCUUCCCCACCCCUGACACCCUUGCUUCUCCCACAGUCCUCGAUCCUCUAAUAUUCCCCCCUCCUGCCAUCUGCACCCAGGGGACUGCUUUGUGCAGGGCAGCUCUUGGCUGUGAGCUCCCUCCCUGCCUGUCAAGUGACCUUGUGCUUUGGGGAUAACGUGCUCAGGGCGGACUGCCUCGUGUUGGGCACAUGGGGUUUGGGGAUUACCGCACAUGAGCGCUCUGGAGGCUCAGAGCUCUCGUGCUGGGAGUGCUCUCCCUCUCUCUUCUCUUUGUGAGAGAGCUUUCAGAUCAUGAAACGAGAUGAAAUUCACUCCUGUGUAGAGGACCAGCCCCACGUCUGUGUGCUGUUGGGCCUUCCACUGACAUCCUUGAAAUAGGACCAAGAUGACUUGUCCUCAACAGUACAUAACUUUUGGGCUCACUCCGCCGUGGAAAUCACUUCAUCUCACAUGGCUCAGGCAACAGAGCAUCAGGACUCCCCUGACUGCCUGAACUCCCAGAGGCAGCGCAAAUGUUUGGGAAGGAGAAGAGCUUACAUGAAUGUAAUUUGAUUUGCCUGAAAUGAGCCUCUGGGUUAGAGUAGAGAAGAACUCAACUCUACACUGUGAAAUGUGGCGGGAAGUGGGUCUGAACUUCUCAAUGAGCAUUCUUUGCUGAAAGUCAGUGUGAAGAGAUGGCUGCUUUGCUGUCCUUAUUCUUAAGAGAGAGGAUGUAUUUUAUUUUUUUUCUGUGCUUUCAUAUGUGUGCUGAAUCUCCACAAUCUCAGUGCUGUGGAGAGAAAGCAGUCCAGCAUAAAUUAUAGCGAUGUUCCUAGCCAAAACACUUGAACUGUACUUUCUGGUGAUGGUGCCCAUGUGCUGGGCAUUCCUUGGUGGUCGGGGACAGAACCAUGUCAGCUGGUGUCUCCUUGUGCAUCUGUUGGCUCUGCACAGAGCCAGCAUGGAUGUCAUUGUACUGCUCUCCAAAAGCCAAGGUCCCAGGGCUGGCUUGUCAAGGACACACCUAUCAGCCAGACAUCUGCAAGCCAAGGAGGGGGAAGACCCUAAGGACAGCUAAAUGAUGGUGCUUUCCCCAUGGACAUCAUAUGACUGACACGUGAGGAUGUGCUGUAUCUCCUCAAGAGUUUUGGAAAGCAAAGAGCCACCAGGGACAUCACUGCUCCACUUCUUUCACAGCAGCAUUCCUUCAGCUGGCAAUGGAGUGGCCCUUCUGAGAACAAGCUGGGUUUCUCUGGGUCCCCAAUGAGCUGCAUGGUUUCACUGCUCCCAGAUCCACUUGUGCAGAACCAGGUGCCAGCCCAUUCCUCCCCAUUGCACUGCCUCUGGCUGAGGCCUUGCAAGGCUCUGCUGAAGUUGGUCUCCAGCACCUUGACCCUUCCCAAAAGCAGCAGAGAGGCAUUUACAGCAGUAAAAGGCUGAGAAACUAAAAAGUCCCACAGCAUAGAGACACCUGUGAGCUUGUUGAAAAGUUUGACACUGGAACAUAUUUAAAGCAGUGGUGAUGUCUAAAGCUUUAAUUCCUGAUCUGAUGGAGGAAGAAACUGGUUUGCACACGGCUUGCUCAUUACUUGAACUGAUGGGUUUUAACAUAGCCUCUUGUCCUGGUUUUGUCUGGUAUAGAGUUAAUUUUCUUCCUAGUAGCUGAUACGGUACUGUAUUUUGAAUUUAGAAUAAGAAUAAUAUUGAUAACACACUGAUGUUUUAGUUGUUGCUGAGCAGUCAAGGAUUUUUCAGCUUCUCAGACUGGCCUGCUGAUGAGAAGGCAAGGCGUGCACAAGAGGCUGGGAGGGGACACAGCCGGGACAGCUGACCCCAACUGGCCAUGGGGAUAUUACAUACCAUAUGAUGUCAUGCUCAGUAUAUACAGCUGGGGGAAGCUGUCUGAGGGCAAACACUGCUUGCAGACGGGCUGGGCAUUGGUCAGCGGGUGCUGAGCAAUUGCAUUGUGCAUCACUUGUUUUGUAUGUUCUUCUAUUAUUAUUACUCUCUCUUCCUUUGCUAUCCUAUUAAACUGUCUCUAUCUCAGCCCAUGAGGUUUUGUUGUUGAUUCUCUCCCUCAUCCCGCUGGGGUGGGGGUUGAGCAAGCAGCUGCAUGGUGCUUUGUUGCUGACUGGGGUUAAACCACAGCAACUCUAGAGUCUUUGUGUCAAGUGAGGAAUUUAUUUCUGCUGUUUUCUCACUGAAUUGGUAAUGCACACAGAAUUCUAUUUGUUUUAUUACACAAGCACCAUUACAUGAGCUGUGCAUUGGAAAUGGACUUACUGUUUCAAAAGGGAUUAAGAUGCUUUUGCCUAAUCUUUUAUUCUGUGCUCAGUAUUCAUUACACAGCAGUCACUAGUAUCUGAAAAAUAGUACAUUUUCAGAUUUCAAUUUUAGUUGUUGUAAUUAAUAGAAAAUUCGUUCACAGUUUAAGUGACUAGUGAGGUAGGGGCUAUCAUUGCCAUUCAAUGGCAUAGACUUUCAGUGGGAAUGAGAUGCUUAGCUCUUUCAGAAUGCUUGAAGAAUCUGCCUUUGUGUUUUUUGUUUACUACUGUUUUAUACAGCCCACAAGCAUAAAAAAAUAAUGAAACAGCCAAGUGAGGGGAAAAGAAUCAAGAAAAUGCAAAUUAUAUGGGGAAAAAAUAAUGUAUUAUUCUUACCUUAUAAAACUGAACUCUUAAAAUUAAUUUUACAGAUAUUAUCUUUGCUGCUUCAGCUGUUAUUUUCGUGAACAGAGACAAGCCUCUAGCAUUUCUUGUGCCUAGAAUUCGAUCUGCUUUAUGAAGGCUGGAGUAAUUCCAAGACUGUCCUCCAUACCAUUAUGGCCCGUUCUCAGUUGGCCUACAUCAUAUCUAGCCUUAAGUAGUCCCUGGUCUGCCCCACGUUGCUCAUUCCCUUGGGCUGUCAUGUAUUUAAUAGGCCUACUACAUGUCAAAUAUCCAACCUGAAAACAAGCCAAUGCAAGAGACGCUUCAACCUCCACCUUCAGUGGUGGAUGCAAAGUAUAGAUCCAGAAGGCAAGGCAAUAGUAUUUGGCUUCAAACUGAUUUUGAUAACGUUCACAUAGGAAAACAAUCUUCUCCUAGUGAUGCUGAGGCUGGAGGUGCACUGAAUGAUGACUGCGGUGUUAAUUGCUUUGUGGAGGCCUUGUUUUUCUGCGUGGUGCUUAUGGUUCAGACCUCACAAGCUCUGCCUUCCACAGGAGCUUUCUCCAUGGGCAGUUUGCAGGACUGGGUUCCUCUGCACAAGGCCGGGUGCAUGGGUGCGAAAUGCAGGUGCAGAGACACCCAGAGCACUCAGGGAUGUGCAGACAAAACGUGACAUGCAACAUCUUAACCGAGUCCGGAAGCUGUCAGGGGAAGAAAUGGUGAGAACCUGUGUUUGCUCCUGUUUAUGGCAGUGGCUGCGAGCUGGGUGGUUCUUGGCCAUCACUGCGUUGUCAGUGUCUUUUUUUGUCCGUGUGGCCCAUCUGUCUCAGGGUCAUCUUGAGACCUGUCAGGGUAGACCAAAUUGUUAAAGACUGGUAGAAAAAGAAGUGGCAGAAUAUCUUAAGUGUGAUGAAGGUAGUGGAAAGGCAGUAGGAAAGGCUGGCAAAUACAAUGGAAGUUUUUGUCCUUUUUUUUCCUAAAUAAGGCAAGAAUAAUCCUUAUCCUUUAAUAUCCUACUUUGUUUUACAUUGGAAUUAGAAAAUCUUUUCCAUUUGUUUUAAUUAUCUGCUGGCUCUAACUCUGCCUUUGAAAAGCAUUUUUACUAUGACAACCUUGGUCUCAUGGUGAGCAGUGCUAGGGAGAAACAGCUAAAGUACGGCUUUUAUCUUUCCCUGCAUGCAAUGUUUAAUCUUUCUAAUCUUUUAAUGUGAAUGUGCUUUCUCUGACUUUGUAAAUUGACAAGAUUAGCACCGUUUCUCCCAAAACAGCAGUUGAAAAACAUAUUUUGCUUAAACACAGCCCCAUUUCCACCAAACAAUGUGAAUUCUCCUAAGUGACCAAUUCCUUCUCAGUUAAACCUCUCUCUAAGGCUAACUUCCACUCGCUGACUUUAAUGACAACUCAACUUUUUUUAAGAACAGUUUGUAAAAAAGUAGAUUUUGCUAAUUCUUUUGUUCUGUUUUAUAAGAAAAAUACUCACUGUCUUGCCAAAUAAUAAUAAUAAUUAGUAAUAAUAAUAAUAAUAAUUCUAUGCAUUGUGUGAUUCGGUGAUGUUGCUGUUGAAAUUUUGCAUGUUUUCUAGGUGUUCUGACAUUUGUAUGUUUAUGUGGUACUUGUAAAAAUGCUAACCAUUGCUGCUAUAAUCACCACUAUUGUAGGUAACUGAGAACUGUACUACGAAGCUGUGCCAGUUAGCAGGUUUUUUUGUGUGUCAUGGUAAAACUGCGUUCUGCUGUUCAUUUCCCGUUUUAAGCCAGUAUUUAGUGCCUUCUGUAGAAGGAAUCAAUAUGUUGUGGUAGACAGGAGGUGCCAAACUUCUAAUAUCUUGUUCUGCACAGAUGAUCACUUACCAGCUUGAAGCUUAAAAAAAAGAAAGUAAAGAGAAAAAAAAAAAAAUGAACUCUCUGUCUUUCUUUACAGUGUCUUCUCAUUAAUUUUCGUUUGGAAAAAAAAAAGGCAAGCUUAAUAGAUUUGACAAGAAACCAUCUUCCCUAGCUACACCUCCUCCAGCAGCAGUCUGCCAACUGCGAAUGUGAGAGGUAUGAGGGAAUGCAUUGUACCCAAAUGUUCUGUCGGUAAUUGGUGCAGUAAUUAGCAAAACACGUUCAAGUCAUUGCAGAGCCUGCUAAAAUGCUGUUUACUGAAAGUAAUCCUCUGAUUAGCGUAAGAAACUGCUGUCUCUUGGAGCAGUUGUGAGCCUGCUCUUGCAAACAAGCGCCAGCCCAGUCAAGUGGUGGAUUCCAGUCCCUGUUCCUCAUCCGUUGAAGAUGCACGUUGCUGCCAAAUGGGACUUGGAUGAAAUUCAAGCCCAAGAUUUUUGGUCCCCUUCUUUCUAACUGCUUUCAUGGCAGACAAGCUCUGUUUAUCAAAAUUCUGACAUUUGUUUUCAGUUCCUUUUUGCACCCUCCGUUAGAAUAUGGCAGUAUAGCAAACACUCAACACACGUACAUGUUCAUUUUCAUUUUGAUGAGAUUUUGACAGACUGAACUCGUACCAUACUGUCGUCACACAACACAGAAAGGCAGGAGGGAAAUACAAGAUGUUCAUUUGCCUAGCGCGCUUCCCAGCCACCAGGCACGGUCAACUGUACCUAGAAUGGUCUUUAAAAUAGUAUUUUGUAUGGAAAAAAAAGACUAUCCUUUUUCCAUCUGUGCUAGGACCUGAAAGCCUAUUAUAUGUCUUGAAAAGACUUUUCAAAUAAGAAUAACAAGAUGCCAGAAAAACUGCGUGAAUAGGAAAAUUAGAGUGCAUUGAAUUGAUCCUUACAGGUACUGGUCUAAAUUCAUCUCUGUUCCUCAGCAAGACAAUUUACAGCCCUUGUGAUGUAAAAUACUUCCAAAAAAAAUAAAAAAGUUUAUGCCAAAAUUUUCAGUGUAGCUGCUCUUUUUUAUGAUACCCAAGACAUUUGGAAAAAGUAAUAUUAAACGAUGCAGCUCAGAACACACUGAAAAUCAUCCCAUGUAGUAGGUCACAAGACAGUCCUUCACAAAUCAAUGAAUUUGAAAACCCCAGUUGAAGGCCUAAGCCUUCCACUAGUGAUUAGGAUGCUUGGAAGGCUUUUGCAGCACCUCAGUUCCCAUCUCUUGGAGGGAAUCAUAGAAUCAUUUUGACUGGAAAAGACCCUCAAGGCCAUCGAGUCCAUAACCUAACCAUAACAUAACUCUGGCACUAGACCAUGUCCCUGAGAACCUCAUCUGCAGGUCUUUCAAACCCCUCCAGAGAUGGUGACUCCACCGCUUCCCUGGGCAGCCUGUUCCAGUGCCUGACAACCCUUUCAGGAAGAAUUUUUUCCUAAUAUCCAAUCUGAACCUCCUCUGGCGCAACCUGAGGCCAUUUCCUCUCGUCUUAUCACCUGUCACUGGGAGGAGAGACCAUCCCCCUCCAUGCUCCAACCUCCUUUCAGGUAGUUGCAGACAGUGAUAAGGUCUCCCCUCAGCCUCCUUUUCUCCAGGCUGAACAGCCCCAGUUCCCUCAGCUGCUCCUCACCAGACUUGUGCUCCAGACUGCUCACCAAAUUCAUUGCCCUUCUCUGAACUCUCUCCAGCACCUCAGUUUCUUUUCCUGUAGUGGGGGACCCAGAACUGAACACAGGAUUCCAGGUGGGGCCUCACCAAUGCUGAGUACAUGGGGAUGAUUACUGCCCUGGUCCUGCUGGCCACACUAUUUCUGACACAAAUACCGCUUUCUUCAGAAAUCUUGGGCCCUUUUAUUGUCAUUUAACAGCUGCUAGCUUCUUCAGGCUCCUUCUGCCAGAUCAGAAGCCAGCUUGGACCUUUUGCAAUGUGUUUUUUUGCCUGUCUAGUAGCCAUUUACACAUGAACACACGCUUCCACUGGUAUAACUGAAGAGUUCUGACUCGGCAGAACUUCUGCCUACGCAGCCCUAAUAUUAAAUAUGCAAGGCAGCAAUAUAUGGACUUAUUUCCUGCAUUUAUUCUAGUUGUGGCUAGAUCUGAGUCUCCAUGGUCCCACUGAAGGCACCAACUGUCUUACCAGCUGGUCAUCCUAGGUUCUUCUAUGUGUCGCCACAACUUGCAAACCAAAUGCACCAGAUUCAUGCAGCACAGCGGCUGCUUUUCCCCCAUCUUAUUCUCUUCUGUUUUGAAGCUUGGUAUAUCUGCAUUUUCUUUACCUUAGGUUUAAACAUCCUUUAUUUAGCACUUUGCACGCUGGAAUUGCAGUUGUGGCUCUCCAGGUGCAGACCUGGCACUAGGAUUUAUCCUGCUGCCUGUGACAUGUCAGGGUCUCUGCUGGCAUUUGCUCGCUUUUUUCACCAUGGUUCACUGGUUUCGAGAUGCAAACUGGCUGAUAGUAACGGUGUGCUGGUUUAGGUAACACCUUCCAACCACUGUGAUGCCUUCUGUGUGCGUGUUGUCAGUCCUGUAAUCGCUGUUGUAGUUAUUGCAUUUUGUUUGGAGUGCAUUAUAUUGCAGGACAAGGUUCUUAUCUUUGUUUGUUUGUUUUUGUUUAGGAAAGAAAAAGUAGCAUUUUAGGCUGUGCUGCUGAAAGGAGGCAGGAGAGAAUUAUCCAUCCAAACCCCUGUGGAAUUUGGGGACUCAGCUGUUUUUAGACCCCUUUGCAAGCCCCAGCUGUAAUCGGCUAUUUAAGGUGGAGAUCUCAGUCUGAGCAGUGCUACGUAUCUUCUACUUGGAAUACAUUUUUCUGUACACAGGGCACCUUCUUACACAGAUCUCUUGCCACUGCAUUUGGGAGAUCAUGUGUGCAAUAAUUCAUUAGGGAGAAGUAAUAUUUUUAUGCAUUUUAAUGCAUUAAGCUCUGCAAAUCUUGAGUAUCUGGGGGGAAAGAAGAGACUACUGGAUCAUUUUCUGAAGGUGUGAACAUAAUUGUCAACUAUAGCCCAUUUUCAGAGCCACCUGUUCAACCCCAUUGUCCUCUACCUUAUUUCUGGAGUUGCACUGGGACCUGAAGAAAAAUGAGCAACAAAAAGGCUUCACUACUGUUAAUGCGGAAAGAUUCCAUAACCUGCUUUUAGCUCCAGGUCCCCAGCUGGGUUUCCUGGGUUUCUGGGGCUGGUAAUCAUUUUACUUGUCAGCCAGAUAGGUUUUGACCCAUGUGGAUGCCAUGUUGCUAUUUCUGUAGUAUAUUUUUAAGAAGCAAACUUCAUACAGGGUAAUGUCCUUCACAGGUGAAAAUUAGUAUGGUCAGGAAAGCUGUCAUUUGUGCCAGUUGAGAACUGGUUUUUUGUGUUGUGCACCUUUUUUUGUUUUAAUUUUACUGUAAGACACUCUUCUUUAACAGGGAUGGAGUAAACAAAUGUAUGUUGUACUGCUCUCUGCCGCACUUCAGUCAGAUGUCUCCUUGAAAAAUGCUCUUUCAGUGUCUGAACACAAAAGUGCCCUCAAUAAGAAGAAAGCAGAACCAAGAGAUCUGGGUUUUUUGAAUAGCAUGUGUGUUUCGUCCCUUUCCCAAUUGACAGAUAAUUACACUUAUGAAAAGAAUAGGUUCAGUUGUGUGCUAAUUGGAGAAUGACAUUCACUUUCACUGAUCUGCAAGUUCCAGAUGUAUUCUGAUCUUUAUUGCACUUCAGGUCCAUUUUUAUUCCCUUAUGAUAAUCUUUAAGAACUCUGGUUCUGCUGCAUUAGAGAAUGAUUUCACUGUCUGUACAAUGUUUGCCACUAUUGUAGUAUGACUUUUUAUUUUUGCUUUUUGAAUUUUGUGUUGGUACAGCCUUAAACAUACAGAAUUAAAGGCCAUUUAAAAACAAUCAAGGUAGUCAUUGAUGUCUGUGAUAAAUGCAUGCUUUAUUCACGGUAUUUUGUCUAUAACUAGGUGUAGCAGCCAAGUCUCUUGUACUUAAUAAACUGUUUUCUGAAAA